AGCCGACCCACUUAGAUUGCGUGAUUCGACUAACCUCAGAUUUCUAAUCUACUAUGCACCAUUAUAUGUGAUUCCAUAGUAUAUACAUGAAUAGCUCUCGAUACGGAGUAUUCAACCGAACAAAUGCAUCUCAAUAUCUAUACAUUGAUGAUAAAAGGAGCCAUAAACCCCGUCGUCAUGGGAUUAAUAACAUACAAAUUCAGUUUAUCAAACCACCCAAGCUCAAUACAACAUCCUGGAUUAUCCUUCGUUUAAUACAAUGUCUCAACGUGUGCUUCUUCUCGGUGCCACUGGCCAGACAGGCAAUUCCAUCCUGAAUGGACUCCUUGAGCACGGCGGAUAUGAAGUCGCUGCGUUGGUUCGUCCUUCGUCAGCUGAAACUCCAAAGGUGAAGGCCGUGGCCGAACGAGAUGUGAAGAUCGUCGCUGCCGAUAUCGCCGGCCCGGUGGGUGAAUUAACCAGCAUCCUCCGUGGCUUCGAUGUUGUGAUUAGUGCCAUCGAUGCCUUGAGCAUGCAUGCUCAGGAGAACCUAGUCACCGCUGCGAAACAGGCCGGCGUAAAGCGGUUUGUACCGUGCGCAUUCAUCACUGUCUGUCCACCGGGUGGCGUGUUUCGCCUGAGAGAUGAGAAAGAAGCAAUAUACCAACAUAUCCGCAAGCUUCACCUCCCGUACACUAUUAUCGACGUUGGAUUCUGGCACCAGAUCUCUUUCCCAACUGUCCCGUCCGGCCGCGUAGAUUACGCCUCCAUGUAUUCACCCAACACAACCAUUCACGCAGGCGGCAAUGCGCCAAACAUCCUCACCGACCUCCGUGACAUAGGUCCCUUCGUCGCGCGCAUCAUCGCCGACCCCCGCACCCUCAAUCAAUCAGUCUACACAUGGUCUGAUGUGCUGACUCAGAACGAAAUCUUCGACAUGAUGGAGGAGGUGAGCGGUGAAAAGAUAGACCGCACCUACAUGUCCGCAGAGACAAUUGAGACGGCCAUUGCGACCUUCAAAGAGACUCUCGAGAAGGAACCAGAGCAUAUACCCUCUCGUCUGGCGCUGACCAUGUUUCAGUAUUUCUUCAGUAAAGCUAUCCGGGGUGAUAACCGGCCCGAGUAUGCGAAGUACCUGGGUUACUUGGAUGCCAGAGAGUUGUAUCCGGAUUUUGAACCGAGAAGCUUUAGGAGCUAUUUGAAGGAGGUCCUCGAUGGUAAGGCAGAGAAGGUGUAUAAGGAUAAUGAGGGUAUCGAGCAGUUGAAGAAAUGGUUUUUUGAGUCGGGGCUGCAGCUCUAGGUUCCAGUUAGGUACUAGCUUGGGGGAAGUGCUUUGAAGGAUGGACUCACGUAUCUAUUGCGUGGCUUGAUAAAUAGUAUAAUGCGAUAGCAGAUAGUAUUGCCCAGUGAGUAAAUGGAUCUAUAACAUUCAGGCAUCUUGA